ACACUCUGCGCACCGUGGCAGGCAGCCAGGAACCCACGGCUGCUUCAAAACACUGACAACGACGCGCGUGGAAGAUGGUCGACACUCGACGAGGGGAAAAAAAACAUGAAGUCCUCUGCGUAAAAACAGGCGUCGUCUGAGGCGAACGCUGCUCGAACUGGACGCCAGCGCGAACCGUUUCUGCUGCUCUGAGCGAACUUGAGCCGCCGCUGUGUGACUGCAAAUAUAAAAGCUGGGGGAAAAAAAACCCAUUUCGCAACCUAUUUUGUGUGCAGAGGCUGCGGGGCGCACGGAGAAGAAGAGGAAGAAGUGUGGGAUAUAACACGUCCACGCUGCUCACACGCGGCACGUACACGUCUGUGUUUUACGGGAAGGGGUUUCAGUGAAGAGGAGGCUACUGCUGGUUUUUAAAACAAAUACCAAAGAGAGAGGGAGGAAGAAAGAGAGAGGGAGCUGCUGGUGUCUCCGUGUGGAGGGAGGGAGGUAGGGAGGUAUUGAGAGAGACAGAGAGAGAGAGAGAGAGAGGGAGGGAAGGAUCAGUGCGCAGACAAGCGGCGGAGCGUCUCUGCGCUACCGCUCGUCUCAACGACACACAGGACAGGACGAGGAAGAAGAGGCGGAGAGAGAGAGCGAGAGAGAGAGAGAGGGAGAGGAUCUUAGUCCUUAGUGUGGGGAUCUGCACCAAACACACGGUGUGAAAAUGACGAUGUCCGUCCCGGAGAGGAAAUCAGGAUCUGAGGGGAAGGAGGAGGAGAGCGAGGAUGAGAGUGAAAUCCUGGAGGAGAGUCCGUGCGGCCGCUGGCAGAAGCGCAAAGAGCAGGUCAGCCAAGGAAAUGUCCCGGGGGUGGAGAGUGCGUCUUUGGCCAUGGACACAGAGGAGGGAGUGGAGGUGGUGUGGAACGAAGUGCUCUUCUCUGACAAGAAGGUCUUCAAAGCUCAGGAGGAGAAGAUCAAGGAGAUGUUUGAGAACCUGAUGCAGGUCGAACACCCAAAUAUUGUCAAGUUCCACAAAUACUGGCUGGACAUGAAGGAGAGCCAGGCUCGAGUUAUAUUCAUCACAGAGUACAUGUCGUCAGGCAGCCUGAAGCAGUUCCUGAAGAAAACUAAGAAGAACCACAAGUCUAUGAAUGUGAAGGCCUGGAAGAGAUGGUGCACGCAGAUCCUCUCAGCUCUCAAUUAUCUGCACUCUUGUGACCCCCCAAUAAUCCAUGGCAACUUGACAUGUGACACCAUCUUCAUCCAGCACAACGGUCUCAUCAAGAUCGGCUCAGUUUGGCAUCGGCUAUUUGUUAAUGUGUUUCCAGACGCCAGCAUCCACGGUAAAGGGAGGCAACACCGCGACGAGCAGAGGAAUCAGCAUUUCUUUGCUCCAGAAUACGGAGCUUGUGAAGAUGAUUAUGCCAUGGACAUUUUCUCGUUUGGCAUCUGCGCUCUAGAGAUGGCAGUACUGGAGAUCCAAGCCAAUGGAGACACAGCUGUCUCCAAGGAGGCCAUCGUCCACGCAGGUCAAUCUCUGGAAGACCCCCUCAUGAGAGAGUUCACGCAGUCGUGUCUGCGUCACGAAGCCAAGCUGCGUCCGACAGCUCACGACCUUCUGUUCCACCGGGUCUUGUUCGAGGUGCACUCCCUCAAACUGCUCGCCGCCCACUGCCUCAUCAAUAACCAGUAUUUGCUUCCAGAAAACUGUGUGGAGGAGAAAACCAAGUCCUUUGACCCCAGCGCUGUCAUGGCCGAGAUUAAACACGAGGACAGACAGGGAGUUCAGCUCAAAUAUUCCCACGUGUCGCCGUUGGAGCUCGACAAGUUUCUGGAGGAUGUGAAGAAUGGGAUUUACCCGUUGAUGAACUUUGCUUCGUCUCGGCCUCAUCCCGUCCCUCGCGCCCUGUCCUUGUCGCAGGAGCAGGUGGAGACAGUGAAGACGCCGACGCCUGAGCCACAGGAAACGGAAACGAGGAAGGUCGUCCAGAUGCACUGUAACUUGGAGUCAAAUGAAGAAGGGACCAAAACUCACGUGAGUCACAUAGUAUUACAGCUGUCGUUGUUCUUAAAGAUGGAUGACAAACUUCACAGGCAGCUCAGCUGCGACAUCCUCCCAACUGACACCUCCAAAGACCUCGCCAGUGAACUCGUUCACUAUGCCUUCAUAACUGAGGAGGACAGUGAGAAGGUGGCGGGUUUCCUGGAGGACGCCAUCGGCCGACACCGGGUCCGAGCACUCGCCGCUGGGAGCACACAUUGAGGAGGGGUCGUGACAACGUCUGGCCUUGAACUAAGGGUCAUGGGGCGUUGACCACUCUGAUCAAGAAAGGGAGAGGGCAGUGGGCAGGGUCACACAGCCGGGAACAGAAGGGAGCCAAUAGGAGCCUGACCCAGCUGGGGGAUUAAUUGGGGACAAAUAGAGAAGGACGCUGGGCCUUGAUGGUCAGUAAACCACAACAGAGCGACGGAGGAAAACGAAGGCACCUCUGGUCACAGCACCAGAGGCAUCAUGGCUGUGUUCAGCAGUCCCACAACGCAGUGGAAGAUUGACACACCCCCCCUCCCUAAAAGGGCUACCACGCCUUAAUAUAUUUCAACAGCUUAGGUUUUCCGUAAUCCCACCAAUCUGAAAGCCUAUGGUUUACUUACAAAAACGCAGCAGCUGUUUUCAGAGAGUGUUUUUAUUGCUCAUAAGCCUUGUUUGCACUCCACUGUCCACACUGAUUGGUGAAGACUCACUUUGAAAUGUAAACAAAAAUCCCUAUUUUCCGAGCCAAUACUCCGUCACAGUUUCAUCCAUCCAACCUGCACUGUUCACACUCUUUCUGCUGAAUUAUUUAUUUCUCUUAAACUGUGAACAAAACACAAGCACUGCACCGCACCCUCCUGUUUUUUCUUCAUUCUAGGGUUUUCCAAGAUAAAAAAGACACGCCACGCUUAAAUGUAAUGCAAUCAACCAGUGAUGAUCAAUGAGACGAUGCCUCUCUUUCAGCCUGUUGUGCUCUUAAGGGUUUUUUCCCUGUGAAAAUGUUCUGAAAGCCAAAGACUUGCAAAGUGCCUACUAUGGCAGUGUAGUUUGGACACGGCAUCACAAUCAACUUAGCAAUUGGGGAUUUUAUUUUUUUCUCAGUUUAAACUAAUUAAAAACCAGAUAGAUUUGGACUCUCAUCUCUUACCACCAGUACACUAAGUCGGCUUGUGUAAAUAUGAUGAACUUGAAUGUAUAUUGGACAUAUUAUGAAUCAAAUGUUAACGCUCUCUGCUGCAGUUUAUUGUAGUUUAGGAAGAGCUGCAGCUUUUGUGAGGAAAAUAAACUGGAAGACAUCAUGAUAAGUCCCUGAUUUCUUAAAGUCUAGUAAUGCGGAUAUGAUCUUAAACUCAUCAAUACAAUACAAAACGAUGAUUGUUAUUGCUAUAAUUGUUUCCCCCCCAAAUGAUCAGAAAAUAAUGCAUUAGACUGAAUUAGUUUUAAAGGUUUAGAGUUGCUUCAAAUGUCAAAUUUCUUCGAAUUUUGCCACCACUGGAGCUCUCCUGAAAGAGUUGGUGACCAGUUGGUCAAAUUCUCUCCCAUAAGGGUUGAGAUAUGGCGACUGAAGACAAUAGUAUAUGAUUCACAUCAUUUUUAAUCUCUACAAACAUUAAUUGACCCCUUGUGCCAUAAGAAUGGGGGCGUUGUCCCUCUGGAAGAGACCCCUCCCAUCAGGAUACACACAUUUCCAAAUAGAUUAUAGCUGAUCUCUUUGUUUUUCUAAGCGAGACAAGAAAAACCUGCUCUGCCUUCAGAGCAUGUCUGGAUGUUUACUUGCUUCUACCACACACAGAGCACAUAAUGUAUGUUAUGCAUUCAGCAGCAUUUCGAUGGGCUGCUCCAACUGUAUUAUGUCCAUUCUCCAUAACCACAUCUACUGUACUUCUCUGUCGGAAAAUGGCGGGAGUGAACCUUGGAAUGAAUUGCACUGCGGCCCACGCAAACACAGAAGUAGAUCACAUUUCAAAAUCUGCCAGAUUGCUUAGUCAGAAACCAAAUUGUUGCACCAAAAAGGGCAGCCAUUUGGGUGCAUUUGUCCUAACCACAACUCAAAAGGCAGAAAAACAAGAGUGAAUUGUCUGAUUGACCUUCAGGAGUACACUCUCGUUUGCGGGACUCUGCUUCAUGUGUUUUCCUGGAUGUGUAAAGUCGCAGUUUCAUAACAGUCACGCUGCUGUACAGCUUGCUUACAGUACUUACUCACUAUACUCUGUGUCAAGCCUUUUUUCAAUCACCAUGUCCUUCACGACAAAGGCCCUGGAAUCUCCCGGACAUCCACCUACUAUGAGCUAUGUGGUGUACAUAUUUGUUUGUGGCUAUUAAAAGAGUUUACUUUGGACAGAAAGAAUCUCAAAGCGAAGGUGUGUCAACAAUCUAGAACGCUGCAUGUCUUAAUAGCCUGAAACAUUCAAAACUUAGCAUUUUAUCAAGAAAUGAAUGUUUAGACUGUGCAAACAUGACAAAAAAAAAUCCAUAUCAGUCUUACAUUAUGACGGAUUCAUUUUUUUGUCCCAUGACUAUUGAAUGAAACUUGCCUUUGGAUGUGUUCCACUUAAACCUUUGUUUAAUAUUGUUGGUUCUGCAAUGAAAUACAUGAUAAUAAACUUAAUGUGAGAUGUUGA